AUGGAUCCAACGAAUGGAAAGGUAGAGAUCGUUUGGAGGAGCAUAAACGUGGAAUCAAUUAAGGGGCCUUUCAAGGAAACAGUAAUCCAUCGGGUUCAGGGAAAGAUAGGGCCUUCGGAAAUGACUGUACUUGUGGGAGCAAGCGGUUCAGGUAAAACAACGAUGGUAAAUGCGAUAAUAGGAAAACCAAUGGAAGGACUAAGGAUAUCGGGAGAGGUCCUCCUAAAUGGUCACUUUGCCGAUGCAAGAGUGUGGGAGCAUGCCGUAGGAUUUGUGGGAGAGCAUCUCCAUUCGUAUGAAACACAGACGGUUGAGGAAACCUUGAGAUUUGCAGUGAUGGCGUCAAGGAACCGAGAUCAGAGAAUAAUUGUGGCAGAAGAGGUGCCCAACCUGAUCCAUAGUCUAGGACUGUAUAAAGUUGCACACAUUCCAGUCAGCUCAAUAUCAACUGGAGAAAGAGUAAGGCUUUCCCUGGGAAUAAUUCUUGCAAAGAGACCCUCGGUGCUGAUUAUAGACGAAGUCACUAACGAUCUUGAUCUGCUGAAUAUCAUUCACAUCCUAAACAUUCUUAUGGAUCUGAAGAGUAAAGGAAAGGGAAUUAUGGUUUCGUUCCAAAGGGUUCCCAAGGAAAUUCUUUCGUUCUUUGACAGGAUCAUAAUGAUAUGCCAAGGAGAAAUUGUGUUCAGUGGAAGUCUUAGAGAAUGUAAGAGCUUCUUGAAGAAGUGUGGAUACAAUCUUAAAAAACAUGAAAACCCGCUGGACUUCUUUAUGAAGAUCCUAUCUAUCGAUAUGGCAUCGCCAGUGUCGGAAAGAGAGUCUACUAGAAGGAUAGAAAGACUAAAAGCAUCCUGGAAAAGAAUAGAGCCCUUGGCCAUAUCAUCAAUAAUAGAGAAGAUAGAGCUCCCAGUGAUGCUUCAGAAGUCCUUUUUAAGCUUCUUACUGGUCCUUGAAAGAAACCUGUCAGACUUUUCCAGAAGACGUGGGCUCAUGAGGACUCUGAGUGUCCAAAAGCUUGUAACCUUGCUGUUUCUUGUUCUUGUUUACUUCCGCCUAGACUACACACAGAAAGGCAUCCGAGACCGAUUUGGAAUCCUCUCGUUUAUGGUUAUAAGCGGCCUUGAAAGGUCAAUAGCUUCCUCAAUCAUAUUCAUCGACUCCCACAAGAAGGCACUCAGAAGAGAGGUCUGUGCAGGGAUGUAUGGUGCAGUUGAAUCUUACUUCGCCAAUGUGAUGUCUAGCUUCUUUAUAUCUGGAAUCCCUAGCGUUCUUUAUACCGUUGUGGUGUACUGGGUGGUGGGUUUGAACCCAGGCCUCCUCCAAUUCAUAUUGUUUGUAUUUGUCUUUGUGAUGCUUGUGCUUUUCUCUAUAUCAUUUGGAGUUAUAGUUUCUCUCCACACCAAAACACUUAUCCACGCACAGGUGGUUUCGUCUACAGUAGCUGCAUUGUUCAUAAUGCUUGGAGGGAUGUUUGUUAACCCUGAGGAGGCCCCGGAGUUUGUUAAGUGGACUGUAUGGAUGUCUCCUGUGUACUAUGCUUUUGAAACCAUUCUACAGAGUCAGUUUGAAAACUUGACCUUCGAAUGCAAGGAUUCCGAAAGAUGCAUUCCCAAUGGGAGAGAAGCCCUGCAUCUCUACGGAUUCCGAAGAGUCAGGUACAGCACAUCCAUAGGCAUCUUCUUCCUCAUCACUCUUAUGUCCUUUAUCUUUGGUAUUGUUUCCAUGAAGAAGGUUAUUAAACCAAAGAAUGUCAUAUAA